AUGUCAACAUCAUAUCUACUUGCAAGGGAUGUCUGUAGUUCGCAGAAUCACUUCAACGGGGAGAAUCUAGGUGCUAGGAUAUCGGCUGUGUUCGUCAUACUAGCAGUUUCUGCGAUUGGAGCAUUUUUUCCAUUAGUUGUACAACGAUGCCCUUACUUCAAACUCCCGAAAUGGUGCUUCUUUAUAACGAGAUAUUUCGGGUCUGGGGUGAUAGUAGCUACUGGGUUUAUUCAUCUAUUGGCGGAGGCAGACCAAGCUCUUUCGGAUGAAUGUCUUGGUGGAGUGUUUAAUGAAUAUCCAUGGGCCGAAGGAAUUGCACUUAUGGGUGUAUUUGUCAUGUUUUUGCUCGAUAUAGUUGCUCAUAAGCGCCUUGACGACAAGCUAGCUAAGAAGGACAAACUAAAGGCGGAAAAAGCGGCAUUGGAAAAUGAGAAUUCACUUGAAAUACAAGCUAUUAAAGAGAAAGUGGACGAUACAGAAGACGUGAAACUGACUGAUGAUGAUACACCGACAGAAAACGUAUAUCAGCAAAUCCUAAAUUCGUUUGUACUAGAAUUUGGUAUUAUAUUCCAUUCGGUGUUCGUAGGAUUAUCAUUGGCAAUUGCAGGGAAUGAGUUCAAAGCCCUAUAUGUUGCAAUUGCAUUUCAUCAGAUGUUUGAAGGUUUAGGUUUAGGCACGCGGUUUGCCAUGACGCCGUGGCCAAAAGACAAACAAUAUAUUCCAUGGGUUUUAGCCUUGGCUUACAGUUUAACUACUCCCAUAGCCAUUGCAAUUGGUCUUGGUGUAAGAAAUUCGUAUCCGCCAGGGUCACGAGUAGCGUUGAUUACUACCGGGUGUUUUGAUGCAUUAUGUAGUGGCAUUUUGAUUUACAAUAGUUUGGUAGAGUUAAUGGCCUAUGACUUUAUUUUCUCUCCUGAAUUCAAGACGGAUGACGGCAUGAAAAAGAUGCUAUGGGCUUAUUUUUGUUUGGCAUUUGGAGCAGCAAUUAUGGCAUUAAUUGGAAAAUGGGCAUAA